AUGGAGAUUUUCAGGCAGCUAGGGCUGGAUGAUGUGAUGGAGAAAGAAAGCACAUCAAACUUUGAUUUGGAUGCGGGGAUGCUCAUUGUUGACCGUCUUAUUGGAGGAAAGGUCCUCGCUAGAAUGCAAGAGGCCGAUCCAGCCGAAACUGCCAAAAUCACACCGUGUAAACGACUCUGGUUGACACAAAACAUGUUUGAGCCGCUGCUUCGCCGCAAGGCGCAUCAUUUCGGGGCAGAGCAACGUUUUGGUACUCGCAUAGUGCAUUACGAGGAGGAAAAGGGCGGGGUAAUUGUGGUUUCGCAAGACAUUGCGACAGGUCAGUAUACCAAAUAUAGGACGCAGUAUUUGGUUGCUUGCGAUGGGAAUCGGAGUGCUACUCGGCGAAACGAGGGAAUCGAGUGGAAUGGACCUGGCGUUUUUGGGAAUAAUCUUUCGAUCAACUUCAAGGCCAAUCUAACACCCUAUCUCGGUGAGCGUGCUGUACAUGGUGUCACAUAUGUGAACAAUGAAGACAUUUCUGGUGGCUUUCGACUUGAAAAUGGCGGGCAACGCGGAUUCAUGAUCGUUGCCAAAACCGCGGAGAAAGAUGACUUUGAGCCCGACUCAGUCACCGAGAGAGAAGCACGGCAAGCGUUUUAUGCCGCUUCAGGUAUGGAUGAAAGUUUUCCGUUGGAAAUUGAAUCCAUAUCCUAUUGGACCGUUGCUGCUCUGAACGCAGAAAGAUACUCUAGCGAAAAGGGCCGAGUAUUCCUGGCGGGCGACGCAGCACACGUCAUGCCCCCAACCGGAGGAAUGGGCGGCAAUACCGGUAUCCAAGAUGCUUACAAUCUGGCGUGGAAACUUGCGUACGUUAUCAAUCGACACUCUUCGGCGUCGUUGCUGGAGUCCUACACAGCAGAGCGACAACCUGCAGCCGAGGGAACCCUGAAACAAGCUUUUGCUCGGUUAGCAAAUCGUGUGCUUAGAGACCCAAGUAUUGUUCAUGAUGAAGAGCUGCCAGACGAUACUUGUGAGCUCGGAUAUCGGUACUCAAGGGGAGCCUUUGUCUUUGAGGACACUCCCACUGUGUCUGCGGUAUGGCAAGACCCGCAUGUUCCCAGUGUCAAGAUUGGAGCUAGGCUCCCGCAUAUUGUACUUUUGAACAAGUCCAGACAAGAUAUCAGUCUGUCUACGCUUGAUCUGGUAAAGAAGAAUUUUGUGCUGCUGGUAGGUGGGGGUCUGCCUACAUGGCAGGAUGCUUCAUCUGCACAAAGUGUACAGAUUGAUAUUUAUGAGAUUUCAGAAGCGUCCAGCCCUCUUUGCGAUCCAAGUUGCAAAUUCAAAGAGGUCUUUCGGCUCGGCAUUGGAGAGGCUCUUCUUGUGCGGCCAGAUGGUUUAAUUGCAUGGAGAGGCAAAGGAACCGAAGGACAGUCCAAGUCUCAUAUACUCAAGACCGUUCUUGGACGGAUUCUUGGGGUCUAA